AUGACAACACCCCUUUAUCUCGGAAUCGUGGGUGUUGGUGGCGUUGGUAAUGCAUUUCUAGAGCAGCUUGGACAACUGCCAAAUCCACCAAAGCUCAUAUUACUCGCCCGCUCGUCGCAAACGCUCUCCUCCCCAGUGCCUGCGUAUUCGCCAAGCAUCCCGUUCGCUACCUGGGAAGAUGCCGCGAAAUUACCAUCUUUAGUCAAAUCGGAUGCUUUGCCACCAACUGAGAUUGCAGCCUUCCUAGCAUCUGCUCCAGGAAGGACUAUUCUAGUGGACAAUACAUCCGAUCUUGCUUUAGCGCAAGCAUACCCUAUUUUCCUGGAACGAGGUGUGUCGGUGGUGACGCCAAACAAGAAAGGCUUCUCGGAAGAUAUCACUUUGUUCAAUGAUAUUUUUGCCUCCGCUGUCCGGGGAAAUGCCCUUGUUUACCACCAGUGUACGGUGGGCGGUACUCUACCGGUCCUAUCGACGCUUAGGGAUCUAGUAGCAACUGGUGAUGAGAUCAUCCGAAUCGAGGGGGUUCUCUCGGGGACUCUUUCGCUUCUACUAUGCGAAUUCAUGCCUGGAAAUGGCACAUCAAACGUUCGAUGGAGUUCUCUCGUUUCUCACGCCAAGGAAAUUGGACACACGGAGCCAGACCCUCGUGAUGAUCUUAACGGCCUUGACUUCGCACGGAAACUCAUAAUUAUUGCCCGGGUCAUUGGUAUCGAGGUCACCCGUCCCGAUUCCUUCCCAGUGGAAUCACUUAUUCCUGACGAGCUAUCCUCGCUACCGUCAUCGGCCGGGGGUAUUUCUGAGUUUAUGAACGAGUUGCCGAAAUAUGAUGUCAAGAUGGAUGCAGCAAAGAAUGCAGCACGGGAGCAGGGCAAGGUUCUGCGUUAUGUUGGGAGUAUAGAUGUGCCUACCCGAGCCAUCGAGGUUGGUCUUCGGCAUGUUGAGAAGGGUAGUCCAAUUGCCAAUCUCCAGGGCAGUCAGAUUGUUAGCAUCUACACCAAGCGAUACGGGGCUAAUCCAUUAAUACUUCAAGGUGGUGGCGGUGGAGGUGAGGUUACAGCCAUGGGCUUGAUGGCCGAUUUGUUGAAGGUUAUGGAGCGGUUGAAGUAA